AUGAGUUUAUUUAGAAGCGAAGAUAUGGAAUAUUGCCGUAUCGUAUUACCUCGUGAAAGUGCUUGGGAAACGUUGAAUGAGUUGGGAAAGAAUGACUGCAUUCACUAGGUUGACACAGAUUCUCUUCUUCCCAAUAUAGCUCGUCCUUUCCACAAUCAAAUCAAGAGAUGUGACGAAGUUGAAUUUAUGCUUAACGAUAUAAAGGGAUACAUCAAUAAGUAUGAAGGAUUAAUAAUCAAGUGCAAAAACAUCAAAGAAUUAGUUGAAGUUGUUUUCCCAAAAGUCCUAGAUACUAGAUAAAGAGCUGGAAAAACAUACUUUGAAGAAAUCGAAAAUGAUGUUAUACAAAGAUACAACAAUUUGAAAGAUCAGAUUUAAAAUUUAGAUAACAUUUCUGAAAAGCAAAAGUAGCUUGAAGAAUACAAGCAAGUACUAAAUAAUGCUUAAGCAAUCAUGGGAGAUGCAUUCUUCAUGGAUUAAAAGCAAAGUUAGAGUGAUGAAAAGAUUGAUAUUCACGGAAAGGGAUUAGAAGAACUCAAAUCUGAUUUUAAUUUGAACAAAAUUAGUGGUAUUAUUGAUACUAGUGAUGUCAAUAGAUUCUAAAAAUUCAUUUUCAGAAUUACCAAGGGUAAUUGCUUUAUUGCUUUCAAGGAGGCUCAAGAAUUGUCAACAUUGCACUCAUAGAGUAGAAGUGUCUUUGUUUUGAUGUUCCCAGGCAAUAGAAACGGUUUAGUUUAUUAAAAGGCUUCUAGAAUUUGUGAAUCUUUUAAUGCAAACAGAUUCCAAUGUCCUUCUAACUAAACUGAAUUCAAUUAAAAAUUAGCAGAAAUUGAUCGCUAAAUUAUCGAAGGAAAAUAAAUUAUCAACUUAACUAAAAAAAAUUUGAUAAGCUACCUUGAAGAAUUUACUGUUGUCAAGCAUAAUGCUGGAUGUUCAUAUGUUGAAUAUUUAAACUGCUAUGUAGCAAAAGAAAGAAGAAUUUACUAAGCUAUGAACUGUUUGAGGAUUUCAGGUUCUGUCUUAGUUGGUUUUUGUUGGGUUCCCACUGAGAAGGUUCCUGAUGCAUAAUACGCUCUUGGAUAAUUAGCUAACAAAUACUCUAACUUGCCUAGCAGCACAUUGAAGGUAAUUUCUGCAGGUGAUCAAAAACCCCCAACUUACUUUAAGCUUAAUGAUUUUAAAGCUGUUUUCUAAACAAUUGUUGACACUUAUGGUGUACCAAGAUAUAAAGAAGUUAACCCUGGUUUAUUCACAAUUGUAACUUUCCCUUUCUUAUUUGGUGUCAUGUUUGGUGAUAUUGGUCAUGGUGGUCUGCUUUUUAUUUUUGGUUUAUACCUUCUCUUCUUCAAGGAUUCUAUUCUUAAUGAUAAAUUUAGUUCCAUAAAGGCUCUUAUUCCUGCUAGAUAUAUCAUUGUUUUGAUGGGCUUUUUUGCACUUUUUUGUGGUUUUAUUUACAAUGAUUUCUUGUCUCUCAGACUUGAUCUUUUCGGUUCAUGUUUCUAAGUAAAUACAAAAACUGUCACUGACCCUAAAACCUAAUAACAAAUGCAAGAAGAAUAUGUAAUACCUAAAUCAAGAGACUGCACAUAUCCUUUUGGUAUUGAUCCUAUGUGGGGUAAAACCUCUAAUGAAUUAACAUUUGUUAAUAGUUUUAAAAUGAAAUUGGCUGUUAUUUUUGCAAUUACUUAAAUGUGCUUAGGUAUAUCAAUGAAGGCUUUUAAUUCUGUUUACUUCAAAAAAUGGGUUGAUUUCUUCUUUGAAUUUGUCCCAUAAAUUUUAUUCAUGGGCUUAAUGUUCGGUUACAUGGAUUAUCUUAUUUUUGCAAAGUGGACAAUUGAUUAUACUGAUGGAGAAUACAAUAUUCCUAAAGAUGCUAAAGUACCAUCUAUUAUUACAACCAUGAUAGAUAUGGCUUUGACUCUUGGUAAUGUUAAGAGUGAAAACGGUUCUAUCAUAUCCAACUAGAGAACAAUCCAAACAAUAAUAUUAGUCGUCUCUUUAUUAUGUGUCCCAAUGAUGCUUUUCCCUAAACCUAUUAUCUUGCACCUUUAAAACAAAAGAAAAUAAAGAUUAAGCCAUAUUGCUGAUGACCACUCUUAAUAACAUCUCUUACAUGGAUAAGAUGAAGAUGAUUUGGCUAGAGAUUUAGAAAAAGCUUAGUUGAAAUUAUUAAAUAGCGGAAUCGAUUCUCAAAAAUAAGGUGGAGGACAUGGCGAGCACGAAGCUUUUGGUGAAAUAUUUGUACACUAAAUUAUUGAAACAAUUGAAUUCAUACUUGGUUCUAUUUCUAACACUGCUUCAUACUUGCGUUUGUGGGCUCUUUCUCUUGCUCAUUCUCAACUUGCAGCUGUCUUCUUUGAUAAAGCUCUUAAAAGUGGUCUUGAAAAUGCAAACAUUCCUAUGCUUGUCAUUGGUUAUUUAGUAUUUGCAAAAGUUACUCUUGGUGUCUUAAUGGCAAUGGACGUUAUGGAAUGCUUUUUGCAUGCACUUAGACUUCAUUGGGUCGAAUUCUAAAGCAAAUUUUACAAAGCUGAUGGUUAUGCCUUCUCUCCUUUCAGUUUCGUUAAUGCUAUUAAAGAAGCUGUUCCUUCUGAAGAUGAUGAAGCAGAGGCUGCUAAAAAAUAGAAGUAAUGA